AUGGACUCCCAACUUUCUUAUGUCUUGUUCUUUGCUUUCUUCCUCUUGUUCCUCUCUUCUUCUCCUGCACCCGCAGACGCAAGAGCCUCUCCAUUACUUAGAAGUGUUUGUAAGCAAACCCGAGACUCAUUCCAUCAAAACUACACCGAAUGCGUAAAAACUCUUUCGUCAGAUGCUCGAAUUCGAUCCUCUGCAUCCAACGAUCUCAAAGUUGUUGCUAUAAAUGUUCUUGAGAUAGCUGCAGAAACUGCUACAGAUACACAAGAGUUGUUUAACAGUUAUCUGCAGAUGGAGACCGGCACCAAAGCUAUUCAACAGUGUGCACAAUCGUACGGAUCAGUGGCAUCGGCUUUCCAAGGCACACUAGACGGGGUGAAGGAGGAAGAUGAUAUGGUCAACUAUACGGCGGCACGCAUCGUUGAUUCGAUUGUGGUUUGCGAAAAAGCUUUGAGUUCUGAUGGGGUUGAGCUUCCUCAAACAAUAUCUAACCGAGUCCAUUUGGUGAGGUUGUAUAAGGACAUUGGAUGCACUGUCACUUCUCAGUUGGUAAGCAUCUGGCUUAGGGCUCGUAAGCAUUGA